UACUCAUUCAUAACAUUGGCCAUCUUGUGGACCUGUGAUCCAGACGCCACAACAAACAAACUUGAUGAAGACAUAUAGUUUCAACCAGCCAACACAGUAAUAACUUCCAGCAUGGCUCGUGAGGGAGCAUUAUGGAUGGGUGAUCUGGCAGACUACAUGGAUGAGAACUUCAUUGUUGCUGCUUUCAGAGCCCUGGGUGAAGAGAAUGUGCAGAAUGUGAAGGUAAUGAAGAACAGGUACACAGGCCAUCCAGCUGGGUACUGCUUUGUUAACUUCUCAUCAGAUCAGGCAGCCCUGACUGCUAUGCAUAAGCUCAAUGGAAAAGUAAUUCCCCACAGUCAACCACCUGUUCGUUUCAAGCUGAAUCACAGCAGCACAAGAGGGAACAACACAGAUAAGGAAUACUCCCUGUGGGUGGGAGACCUCACACCAGAUGUUGAUGACUUUGCCCUCUACAAGACAUUUGGUAGCAGAUACAACAGUAUAAAGACAGCAAAAGUGAUAUAUGACCCAAAUGGACAGAGUAAAGGCUUUGCUUUUGUGAGAUUUUAUUCUGAGGAUGAGUAUAAGGAUGCCCUCACUCACAUGAAUGGCUUCAAAGGACUCGGCCAAAAACCUCUCAAAGUUAGCUACGCUGUUCCCAAGAAGCAGCACUACCCAGGAAUGAACCAUAUGGGAGGUGACUACAGCCAGUAUUAUGAACAGUACUGGAACAACUAUGCAGCCUGGCAAAAUUAUGGCACCUACUAUGAUCCAUACGCUUCUUCCUACGGUGAUUACCACAGUGGCAUUGAGGGAGGCAGCGGAGACUCAAAAGACUCCUCUAAAGAAGAUUUUGAGCCAGUUGAGUGGAACAAUCCCAUCGACGUAAACAAGACCAACAAGGAAUACAUCGAUAGGAGUGAAGAACUUUGGCAGGCAAUAGAAAAGUCCCGAUGGAGCUUCUGGGAUCAGGUCAAGGAAGAUGAAUGAAAAACAUAACACAGUACUUCUAUUUUUGUGAAUUUCUAUUAAACAUUUGACUUAGUUGACUUACUGACUAAGCUCCAUCCUCUUUGGUGUCCUUAGUAAGCAUCACAAUUCUUAGAAGUUGCCUCUGGGAGUGCUACUCACUCACCAGUUAGCAACCACUAUAAAUUGUGACAAUUGCUGAAAACUAAAGAUGGAUGAAGUUAAGUUCAUAAGUCAAUUAUGUGGGCAGUUUUUGUGCUCAUUAUGCUUAUAAAAGAUACAUGAUAUUAAAACUGUCAUGCUCUUUCUAAAUUUUUAAGGGAUGUAUAUUGCCAGUAAAUAUCAUACUGAAACUUUGACUUUAUUUAUUUUCCCUCUAGGGUAAUUAUGAUGGAGAAAUGUGCUCUCCAUUUCUCACACAUUUAAUAUUGUCUUUAAGGAUCUUGGUAAGAAUUAUUUCUACACUGUAUAAAUAAUCUGACGAAGCCUGGCUAGUGGCCCCGGGAGCAUGUAAAAGAUAUGGUGUACAGGAUAUGUUAGGUGUAUCUUCUUUUUAACAUGUAACACAGGAUACAUCAGUCACUUUGUUGGCUACGUAAUUGAGCUGCAAAAACUCCCUUUAAACUAAUUGGUAUGUGGAAUCGGGUCAUAUCUUUUCAUCUUAGGACUUAAGUGUUUUUAUUCACAAUAUUAUAUAAGAGAAUAAAUAAAUUUAUCUUAUUUGUUCAUUAUAGACUGUAUUCCCAUAAAAAAAAAGAAAUUGUAUGUUUUAUUGAGAUCUUUUCAUUCAUGCGAGCCCUCGUCCUCUCCAGUGCAUCCGGUUAUUCCCAUUGCUUCACACAAUCCAGCAUCACACAUCAACAGUACCGCCAUCCCCAUAAACCACCAAGAUGAUCUAUAUAAGAUAGAUUUAUUACUUGUUAAAUUUAUUAUUGUUUCGUACAGGAGGUUAGUUUGAAGGUAUAUUAAUGUUGGUUUGUAUAGGUAGGUGUGUGUAUAACUUAGGUGAGUGUUUAUACAGUACAGUACAUUAAUAUGAAUACUGUCUUGUCAUAUGUUCCUUAUUUUUAUGGCUGAUCUCAAUAUUGUUUUCAUUAUUAUUAUUAAUAUUAUUAAUUUUAGUUUAAUACCAUAAUCCACUUAGUUUAUGUUUGGUAAUUAUUUCUGAUAUCUGAGGAUGUUUCAUCAGUAAAACUAUAGUAAAAAGAUGUACAAAUAUUUCAGGGUAACAGUGAGCCAGACUCAUGAAUUUAGCUUCAUGUCUCACAUGUUAUUGAUUUACAAAGAUAGAUAUUGUUCAUCUUCCUAGUACAGUAGUUCAGAAUUUGUACAACAGGUCAAAAUUUAAUUUUUGUAUACUGUAAUAUUUUGUUCUAGUCCCAUGAUUUUUAUACACAUUUUAGUUAUUUUCAGAAUGAAUGUAAAUACAGUAUUUUUAUUAAUGAUUUUGUUGGGUAGUAAAUUCUUUACUUUUAGCACUUAGUUACAAUUGAAAUGAGGAAGAGACCAUUUAAUAAGACUUGAUAUAAUAAAGUUGGAGAGAACC